AUGCUUUACGAACAAAAUAAUGGGAAGUUGAUAUCUGAAGUAAGAAUCAACGGGGUCACCCCUUUCCUCACAGUAAGUCUGAGUAAGGGACAGCGCAAAAGAAAUGGACGUUGUGCACCUUUCGUCAGCCCUGAUGAUACUCGACUGGACGAUGCCGAAGAAAUAGCUAACUGGCUGCAGCACGACUGGUAUGCAAAUGCAGUGCAUAGCCACCCGCAGGCAACCCAAAACAACUUUAUCAUUGAUGAUGAUGACGAUGAUGAUGAGGAUUUAGACGAUGCCGCUGAGGUUUCAGAACUAAAUUUAAUGUUGGGUUCACUUUUGGGUGUUAAUACGGAAGCUGCAAUGAAUACGGAUUUUGGCGAUCAAAAUGAAGACGAUGAUCCAAGCGGAACGCCAUCAACAGCGGACAACUCAGCCAAUGAGAGAUCUACAACAACGGCAACAAUAUUAGCAAUUCCAAACACUCAGAAAAAGAAAGUCAGAAGAAAUGUAGUUCCUGAUGGGCUUACCCCAGAGACUUUCUUUACAUUUGCCCAUACGAUACGCGGACUGGAUGAGUGUAUUAGAUAA